UCGCAUUGCGCUCCAUUCAUCUUCUUCUGCUCAUCUCUCUGCAGAUCUCUGCCUCGGCGCCACCGACCACCGGAUUCAUGGACUCCGACACUGACGCGGACGCGGAUCUCAUCGCCAAACUAGAAUCCUCCGACCUCCGGCACAUCCUCCAACUGUUCUCCGACCACUUACGCCCAUUCUACGACCUUCUUUCUGUCACCGCCCCACGAAAGCCCCAAAAGUCCAAGAAGCCCCCCACCGCCGUCAGAUCGCUCGCCAAGAGGUUCGUUCCAUUUCUCAAUCGAGCACUAUCUGUCAUCCCUAAACGCCUUUCCGCAAACCCCAAGCUCGACGAAGAAUCAGGGCUCCAAUUGUUCGGCGCGUACAAGCUCUGCUUGAAUUGCUUGGAAUGUGUAUCGUCGCAGUUGUCCUGUAAACCCUACUCCGUUGACAUCCAGAGGGUUCGGCUCGUGCACUGCUUCGAGGCGUGGGGCCGGUACAGGGAUGCCGAAACCGAGGGGUUCUCCAUUCUGGAGAGUCUGCGGGGGAUUGAGAUUGGUGGUAAAGGGGCGAAAACCGUGAAGAAGAACAGUCGAUACCUGCCGGAUUCAGGGAAAGAGAAUGUAGAUAAUGAUUUUUCCUUUUUGGUAGUAGAGCUUGUUGUGACGCUCGUGAAAUGUGUUUCUUCGUACCAAAGUAAAAACGAAGGCGACUACCGGAGGGUACUCGUUUUGGUGGACGAGGUCACACCAUGGCUCAGGGCAUUAGAUACAAGUUCAAAUGAGAAGUUGCACCGGUUGCUUGUGACAUAUCUAGGUAAAUGCAUGUUACUCUUGGUCGGAGAUCUAAUGUAUUUCAAUGAGGAUCUGGUGCGUGAGUUCUGCUCCGCAACAUUUGAUGAAUACUUGAAAUCAUCUAUGAAGGAUCAACUGGAGAAGUUUGCUUGCAGGAUAUGCUCGUCCUUGUUCUCACAACAAGAUGUCCAAUCCUCAUCCAUUGCUAACACAUUAUUAUGGAUUUUAAAUUACAUGUCCAGUCAAUACAAGGUGGCAACAGAAAGCUCCGUCAUGGAAUUUCUUGAACUUGUCUGCUAUUGUGCCAAUAAAUGUCGAUCUGCAACUAGACAUUUAUGUAGUGCCCUCGCAGCACAUCUAAGCAAAGUAGCUAAUGAAUAUUGUGAGGUUUUGUCUCCUUUUCAUCUGAUUUUGAGGCUUUACAGUGCUGGCUUGUCUAUCUGUGAUUUCAAAGGUCAGCAAAGACAGGACAACAGCAUAACCCCGUUGAACAAAAGUAGUGGGUCUUUGAGUGGUUACUUGCUUGAUAAGGAGGAUGUGCUCCAUGGUUUGGCAUCCUUGCUUGGCCAAUUGAAAUAUCAAUUUCCUACAAGCAGCAAUAGCAACAAGUUGCAAUUAAAUGCAAAAUACAACUGUUCUACAAACUCUGUAUGUUUACUACAUUCACAGAUAGAAGCACAUUAUGAAGCCUGCAAAGUUUGUGAAAUAAAGAAUGGAAAGUCAUAUCUGCUGUAUUACUGCCAUGCUUUGAAAUUCCUGUGCCAGCCACUUGCUGAGUUGAUAAUUUCUGCGAGGAAAGAUAUAACUGCUGAAGAUGAAUCUGCUUCCUUUCUUGCCAAGCUAUGCAAUAUCCAGGACGCAUUCAAUCAAUUCCAUGAUGUUUUUAUGCUUUUCAGUGUAAUUAAAAAUGAGAGCAAUUUAUUUGAUGAUUAUGUGAAAGCAGUUCCCAGUGUUGCUGUUGCUGCUUUGACUCUCUCAUUCAGAACUAGGCGUUUCUGCAAGGAAGGAAUCAAUUUUGUUCGGCAAAUUAUUUCUGCUGAUUGGAUUGAAGUAAAUGGCCUAAAAUUUCUCUUUGCUUCUCUUCACAAUGUUGGUGUUACUCUUUAUAGGAGUAAGCAAGUGAAAGAGGCUUCAAAGGCAUUGAAAUUAUGUUGUAUGGCAUCAUGGACUUGUGUUUCACAUCUUUGUAAGGCAACUGCAAACAGCUCAAACAGGCUUUGCAGUGAUAUCUCAGAAGAGGCGGUUGGGUGUUUUGUCAAUGAGGCAUGUUCGAAAAGUGCACUUCUUCUUGACAUACUUUAUCAGUGUGGCAGCCAGAAUAAGGUGACUAGAAUCAUGGUAUUUAGCCUUGAAAGCUGGUCUGCUGCUGUAAAUGUCUUGAAUUGGCUGCCAUGUCCUAUAACUCUGGUGAAGCAGUGGGUGAAGAUAAAAUAUAAAAUUAGCAAGGAUCCAGAUAUGGAAUGUAGUGCUGCAACCUUAUUUUCUUUGCUGUCUUCUUCUGCAAAAGUGUCAAAACAGUCACUUGGCAUAAUAUUAGAGCAGGAGCUUUUAGCAUAUAAAGAGAUGAGUGGCCUGAAUCCAAGAUUAUGUCAGAAGAUGCAAAUGGAUAUCAUAGCUGUCCUCCUGGAAAAUGUGUAUGUUUCAGAUGAUUGUUGUUUAGAGAGAUCUAAAAUUCUUAUAGCAAAGGGACGUGAAUUAAGGGCAUCUGGAAUUGAAGGUCUGAAUGGCUGUGUUCAGUGCUUGUCAGACGCAAUAUCUACAAUGAAUGGCAUCAAUGAUGAAAAUGUUCGACAGAGCAUCAAAUUUCGUCAUCAAUUAGCUGUAGCAUAUUGCUUGCAUGCACUAUGCUUACAGGAGGCUGAACCAUGCUCGAAGAAGCUUUUUGAAGAUGUUCAUUGUGCACUUACGCUAUGGUCAAGUCCAGAUUUUUGCAUUGUGGAUGACCAAAGUGAUUUUCCUUGUGAAAAUAUGUUGAUUGCUUUGUACCAUGUUGUCGAUUUGUUAUCAAUAAAGGGCUGUGUGGAAUUUCACUGUGAUAUAUAUGAGCUGUUGAUAAGAUUGUUCAGGAGGAAGAAUGUUCCACUGGAGAAGUGUUUGGCCUUGUUGUGGCAGUGCAAAAGGCUUGGCCAUGCUCUUUGUGUUGCUCCUGUGGGUGAGGCAAUCGUUACUACCAUGUCAGAGCACUGUGGCAAAAUUUCUAAGUUGAUUGGUUUCUGGACAAGUUCCAUGAGGGGGUCAUUGGGAUUGGCUCUUGAAGUUGGAUUUCAACAGAGCUUCUCCUCCACGUGUACUAACUUCUCCUGUGGCUCCUGCCACAUUGAAGGUUCUUUCUUAUCUGACAUUAAAGUUGAUGAAGUUAAGAAGGUUGCUUCAGAUCUCACCUCCACUGUUCCUCUUUCCAAUGGUUCAGUUUUUCUUGCUGCGCUUCUCUACCAUGACUUAUGUGUAAGAAUGAUUCCCAAUGGACAACUAAUUGAGGCUCUUUCAUAUGCAAAGGAAUCCCACCGUUUACUUAGCAAACUCUUACAAGAAAAAUUUAGGUACUCUAUAGAGCACCAGAAUGAAAGAUCUGAUGAAAGAGGGGAUAUCAUGCACAAGUGCUGCUACAAUCUUCGUAUUUUUGAAUUGUAUAAUUCAGUGGCCACAGCAGUUUGGUCCAGUCAUGACAUCUUAAAUGACUUGGAAUGCUGUAUUCUUACACCAUGGAAUAUACUUCAAUGUUAUCUUGAAAGCACCCUACAGGUUGGGACAAUCCAUGAGAUAAUUGGAAAUGGGUAUGAGGCUGAAGCUCUUUUACUGUGGGGGAAAAGCAUAUCAAAUUUUCAAGGGUUGCCUAUUUUCAAAGUUGCAUUUUCUUCUGUCUUAGGGCAAUUGUACCGUAAACAAAAGCAAUGGAAUGCGGCAGAAGAUGAACUUCAAUCAGCCAAGCAAAUACUAUUGGAUUGCUGCACCACAAUUUCAUGUUUGAAAUGCAGGUUGCUCUUGGAAGUUAACGUUGACCUGCAAUUGGGGGAUUUAUUUAGGAGUCGUCCUGAUAAUAUUUUUGGAAAUUCCAUUUUAGAGGGAUUAUAUGAUGCAGAAUCUCUAUACAAAUCAGCUCUAGACAAACUUAAUGUUUGUGAGUGGAAAAACUCCGUGAGUAAUCCUGUUGAAAUUGGUGCUGAGGGCACCAUUGCUCUUGAUGCUUGUGGCAUGGAGGUUGGGAUCCUUGCAAGAAACUCUUUUGUAUGUCCAACUGAUAGAAUAGAGUCCCCCUCCAAUGUUGAUGUACCAGAAAACAAAGUGCUGGGGAAAAAGCAUCGAAAUACUAAGAAAACAUCAAAGCCUUUAUUGCAGGGACAGAGCUUGAUAAACGAGCAUAAUUCAAGAAUGACAAGGUCAAGGUAUCUUUCUCAGAGAAACAAUGUAAGUACAGUUGGUGAGGUACAAGUAGGGCUUGCAAAAUAUUCAAACAACGAGGAGAAUCCUGCUUUCCCUGAUGCCCUUGAGCAGAGAGGCUCACUCUCAGAAAUUAAAAGUUCUGCUGCGGGUUUAGGGUGUGAGAAGACAUGUUCUUGCAACAAAAUGAAGUGUUUCUAUUGUCUUCCAGUUGACAUUAUACAAUCUGGGUGUGUAGAGAAUUUUGUGCAGAUGAGAUGGGAGUUUGCCCGCCGUCAGCUUUCACUGAGGCUCCUCACAGGCAUUGGAAAAUGCUUGGCAAUUCGUGGUGAAAUUCAUCAAGCACAUGAAAUCCUUCUGCAAAGCAUGUUUGUGCUGGUCAGCAGAAAUCCAUUUUUUUCAUACUCUUCCAUUCAACCUGCAAUCUUGAUUGACUUGAUGGGAAAGGAUAUCCCAGGAGAUUCAUUUGCUCUGGAGCGUGCAAUGAUACUUUACAACAUUUGUUGGGUAACAUUAAAGAAUUAUCCUCAGAAGGGUAACAGGAUCAAUUGUUGUGACAUGGUGCACAUUCAAAUUUCAAGAGUUGUAUCUUGGUUGCAGCUAGCUUUUGUUCUCUGUCGUGAUGUUCCCAUACUUGUCCAAAAGGUUUCAAGGUUGCUUGCUGCUAUUUUUGUAGUUUCUGCUUCAUCUGAUCUUUUAUCUUUUUCAUUUGGUCCUUGCAAUGCCCUCUCUUCAAGUCAUUGGGCAUCAUAUUUCCAUCAAGCUUCAGUUGGUACGCAUCUUAACCAUCAGCUAUAUUCAAGUAUCACAGGCAAGCAAAAAAUUCUCAAGGCUACGAAUGCUGAGGUUGCUGGCCUAACUGGCUCAAUUCCAACUGCUUCAGAACCACUCAACUCACUCAGGCUUGCGCCAAAAUCUCUCCAAGAUCUUGAAGAACAUGUGUUAAGAUUCUUUCUGCAUCUUCCUCAUACUACAAUCAUCAGUCUUAGUUUGCUUGGUGGUGCUCUGGCUAGUUUCUUGACAGAACUGCUUGAUUAUCCUUCUUGUACUCAUGCCUGGAUCCUAUUAUCUCGUUUAAAUGCAAAUAAUCAGCCUGUUGUUGCACUUCUUCCCGUGGAUUCAAUUUUAGAAGAAGAUUCUGAUGAUGACACAAAUUAUAGCCAUGGGAUCCCAAAUAAAGACUAUAAGCUUGUUAAGCAUUGGCAUUGCCCUUGGGGCUUUACUGUGGUUGAUGGAGUAGCUCCAGUCUUUAGAAUUAUAUUGGAGGAGAAUUACAUUUCAUCUUCAACACAUCCAUCAGAAGAUACAAAGCAGAAUAGAUCAUCAUGGUGGAUGCAACGAAAGAGUCUUGAUCGACGCCUUGGAAAAUUUUUGAGGGAUUUGGAAGAUUCAUGGUUUGGACCUUGGAAAUACUUGCUUCUAGGGGAGUUGAGUGAUUUUAAGAACAGUGAAUCUGUACAAAAGAAGCUCAUGCAUCUUCUGAAAGUCAAGUGUAAAAUGGAUAUGCAUGAGAGUCUGCUUAAAGUUAUUCUAGAAGGAGCUAAGCAUGCAAGUAUAGAAGCAGAAUUUGUUUUGCCACUAAUUCUGAACAAUGGUUGUUUCAUUGGUGGAUCGGGAUGUUGCAAUCAAAAGAGGCAGGGAACUUUUUCUGAUACAGGAGAUGGCAUUGAGACCUUGUACAGGAAGGCAUUGGAAUUCAUAAUUGAAGCAGUUCAUGAAGUUGAAGAGGAAGAUUGUUCAAACAGAGCACCAGUAAUUCUGGUGUUAGACCUUGAAGUGCAGAUGCUUCCAUGGGAGAAUCUUCCUGUACUAAGGAACCAGGAGGUUUACCGCAUGCCUUCUAUUGGCAGCAUUUUUGCAACGCUUAGUAGAUGCUGCCAUUUCCAGGAGAAAGUUGGCAGAAAGUCUAUUCUGUUUCCAUCAAUAGAUCCGCUGGAUGCAUUUUAUUUGUUGAAUCCCAGUGGGGAUCUCAGCAGCACACAGGCUAAAUUUGAGGAUUGGUUUAGAGAUCAAAACCUAGAGGGGAAAGCAGGAACAGCACCCCAAACAGAAGAAUUGGCUGUAGCCUUGAGAAGUCAUGACCUCUUUAUUUAUUUUGGCCACGGAAGCGGUGCACAAUACAUUCCCGGGCAUGAAAUUGAGAAGCUUGAAAAUUGUGCUGCUACUCUCCUCAUGGGCUGCAGCAGUGGUUCUCUAACCCUAAGAGGCAGUUGCACUCCAAAAGGUGCUCCCUUAUGCUAUCUGCUAGCUGGGUCUCCUGUCAUAGUUGCUAAUUUGUGGGAUGUCACAGAUAAGGACAUUGAUCGAUUUGGCAAGGCUAUGCUUGAUUCUUGGUUAAGAGAAAGAACUACUGCUUCCAUGGGUUGUAUUCAAUGCAAUUCAGUUGAAGAAAAGCUGAAGUCCUUGCACAUAACUGAUACUAAAGGAAAUACUAAGAAGAAAGUCUCUAGAAAAAAAUUGCCCAAAGACAUAAAGAUCACCCAUAACGAUUGCUGCACCCACAGGAACAUGAUUGGCUCUUUCAUGAGUCAAGCUCGUGAAGCUUGCAUGCUCCCUUUCUUAAUAGGGGCAUCACCUGUAUGUUAUGGUGUUCCAACAGGAAUUAGCAGAAAGAAAGAUUUAUAACAGUGAUGAUACUCGUGUAUCUUAUAAUUUGUUUAGGAACUUCACACUGUUGCUUGCGGCGUCCAGUUACAGGAAGAUUACAUACUGAAGACCUGCUAAUGUUCAGAAAAUCUCAUUUCUAGAUGGCUGUGUUAUGCUGCUAAAGGGUAACAUACGCAGCUUACCUUCCUGAGAUCAUCAAUUGAGUUCAACAUUUACAAUGCGUAGACAACAUAUUGACAGAAAGCUAAUGAGAUCUCUUCCAACUUGCUUCUAGCAAUGGCAGCAUCUAGCAAGUGGAGGAAAUGCUGACAAGUGAAGAUAUGCUGUACAAUUCCUGGUUCCUCAUUACUGGAAGACUUCCUUGGAAGCAUCUGUACGUAUUAAUCUGUCAACCAGAGACAUGCUCAAAGGAAGAAAUCAUGCCAAAUUGUUGAAACAAAAGAUUUUGGACAAGGCUUUAUCCUACAUUCUAUUCAUGAAUCUUUUGUAUUUCAACUUAAGACUAGAGACAUGCUUGCUAGUUCGGAAAAAAACUUUAGGUGAAUUUGGUAUACGAUUUUGUCACGGUAAGUUUUAGGAUUGUACAUAGAGGAAAUACAACUCAUCAUCUCAUUGGAUGGGUAUAUUUGUGGCAAAAAUAACACAGAUCGUGAAUUGCCCAGUACCCAAUGAAAAGAAGCAUCCCAUUCCCUCGUAGCGUAUGCAAAUGGAAGAUUCAUUUUUGUCAUAAUGGUCAGUGGUAAUGAAAACUAAUGUUUG